AUGGCAGCCAAAGAAAUUGUUUUUGCGCAAGAUUUUAUCAGUUGUUCUUGCUGUGAACAAAAUGUUCAGUUUUUCUGCAAAACAUGUGACAAGGAUCUUUGCAAAGAAUGUGUCCUCGAACACAAUGAAGAAAAACAAAAGGAUUGUUCACAUAAAGUGGUCAAAUACAGUCAGAAAUACGUGUGUGAUAGUAAAGAAAUAGGUGGUCAGGAUGUCGAGAGAUUGAUAGAGGAGAAAAUAACAUUGAUAGAAGAGAAAACCAGCUCUGGACGAAAUGAUGAGGAGAUUUCCGAGGUGUGUAGUAUUCACCCCAACCUGACCUACGGAGUGUGCUGUAAGGAAUGCAAGGUGCCCGUCUGCAUCCGGUGUAUAAAAGAGAAACACAACGGUCACGUGUUUAUUGAAAUAAAAGAGUUUUAUGAGACGAUGAAAGAAGAGAUAGAUAGCUGCGUAUUCGAAAUGAGUUCUUCUCAGAUACCACAAACUCAGGAAACUCUUGACCAUGCGAUACAGGGUCGAAUGGACUUCAUAGACGAUAUCGAAAAGGUAAAGACUCAGCUAGUAUCAGACGCCGAACAAGCGAAGAAGCUGCUUGAUGAAAACCUGGCAAGAAGUUUGAAAGUAAUAACCGAUAUCAAAAUUACGUUGACUGCAGAUUAUAUGCAAAGAGAAAACUACAUUAAAGGCAAAAUUUCGGAUCUUCAAAGUGCAGUUCAGUAUCAUGAUAAACUGAAAACAUCAAGUAAAUUUGCAGAAAUGGUCAAUUUUUAUACAAGUCUGCAAAAUGAUCCCAUCAAGAGUUGUAACCCCUUAGUCUCCAAAAUUAAUUACAAUUCUAAUUCUUUAACACCAGAAGAAGUCGGCAAUCUCUUCGGGCGUGUUACAGUAAAGCCUGCAAGCGUCAACGAACUCAGACGCUUAAAGGAACUUGCACUCAAGAAAGGACACAUUCAAUUCGAAUUCACUCCUGUCGUGGAGAGAGUCAAGAGUUUUGAGGUAUCAGGUAUCUCUCACACUAGUCACAUUUCUUAUUUAAGGGAUGGAAUGGCUUUUUUCAGUGACAACAACUCUAGUUUAGUUCUGGCAAAUUUGAGAGGCGAGAUGGUGAAGGAGAAAUUUGUUAUGGUGAGUAGUGGUUAUGGCUGCCAUGCUGUUACUAUAGAAAAAGAUCUGUUAAUCAUAGAUCUCCCCAAACACCAAAUUUAUAAAGUCACACAGGAAAAGAAAACGAUUCCUCUCAUCAACACGGGGAAGUGGACCCCGACGACUCUCCACUGUUCCUCACGAAAUGGAGAUAUUCUGAUCGGAAUGUACUUAAAACACGAUGCAAAGGUCGCACGAUACGAUGCAAAGGGGAGAGAAAUGUGCGAUAUCCAAAAAGAUGCCAACGGUGUUAAUCUUUAUCGCAAUCCCUGUUAUAUAACCGAAAACAUAAACAGAGAUGUUUGCGUGUCCGAUUGGAACGGAGAGUGUUUAAUCGUUACAGACAGAGGUGGAAAGCAUAAAUUUUCAUACUCGGGGAGUGGAUCUAGGUUUUAUCCGCGAGGGAUUGCCACAGAUGACGCAGGACGGAUUUAUAUCCUUGAUGGAUGGAGCGAUGCAGUUCACGUUCUUGGAGCAGACGGAAAACAGCUGGCAUUAAUUUCAACGGAAGACCACGGGGUGGAGGGACCAUUAUCAAUUUGUUUUGGCACCAAAGGGAACCUGUGGAUUGGGAAUCGAUUCAACAAUACCAUAGCCGUUAUUAAAGUUACACUUGAAUAA